AUGAAGAGAGUCGGUCGCCUUGCAGCGCAAACACGCUCUGCUACAGUACCUAGAUGGGCCACAGCCCCUGCAAUCCUGAGUUCGACAGCCGCUUCCGGCGCUCUACCCUCACCACAGCAGCGAGGAUACACGACUUCAUCGUCGCCGACUGCAAAGUCGCACACGCACCAUUAUGCCGGCUCACGCAAGGGUAAAGAGCGAUCGUUCCCAACGCUCGACGACAACCAAAGGAAGCUGACCGCUCUACCACCCCCAGGACUGCGGCUCUUGAGCAGCACGCCAGGUGCCGGGCCAGCACGACUUGGUAUGGACUCAGAGGCGGACCUCGGUAGACACUUCUACCUCAACAAGGUACUCGAGCAGUGGGCGGCCAAGCCGGCGACGCGCAUGACGUUGAGGCAGCUCAUCUUCUUCGGCCGCACUCUGGGUCGCGAUCGAGAAAAGAUUCUCAAGAGCGCCAACUACGUCCGGCAGGAGUUGCCCGUACGCAUCGCACACCGUAUUCGAGACCUGCAGGCGCUACCGUUCGUGGUGAUGACGAACCAGCAUCUUGAGGAUGUCUACCAAAAGUACUGGUCUGCGUUCGAAACGUUCCGCAGGUUCCCGCACAUCAAGUCGAUGGACGACAACGAGAAAUUCUGCAACUUGUUGAGGGGGCUAUUGGACGAUCAUCUCACCAUCAUCCCUUCGCUGACGAUCGGUAUUGUCGAAUCAUCGCACCACCUGCAGCCGCAGCAGCUGGACAAGUUCAUGGAGCGCAUGCUCAGGUCGCGCAUCUCGAGACGUGUGUUGGCCGAACAGCAUAUCGCGCUCACCGAAGCGUUGGACGAUCCGUUCCACUUUUUCAACGAGCCGGUGCGCAGGCAGGAGGAGGGCGAAGACGAAGCUUCGGACCUCGACCACAGCGAAGAUGCGGUGGGCGACCAUGUUGGUAUCAUCUACACACGGCUCAGUGUCGCGAGCGUGGUAAACAAGGGCAUCAAGCUUCUUACGCAGAUGUUUGCCAGUAUGUCAGAUGGGGCGGCGGAGCGGAUUCCAAGGGUGGAGGUGGAUGGAGAUCUUCGGGCGAGGUUUGCAUAUAUUCCAGAGCAUCUGGAGUACAUUGUGUUCGAGCUGCUCAAGAAUGCGAUGCGAGCGACGAUCCGGAAGCACGCUGGGGAGAAGAGUGCUGGGGUGGUGAAGGUUACGAUUGUCGAGGGACCGCCGGAAGAGGAUCUGAUUAUCAGGAUCUCGGAUUCGGGUGGGGGGCUACCGGAUCUUAUCACACAGCUGUCGUCGCCUUCUCGGGCAGCAGCGGCCUUGGCGAAGCCGGUUUCCAAACCGACAUUUGCGACCAGCAGCAGCCCGGCGAGUGGAGAUGCCACUGGAAGCGAGGCCAGUCUGCAGACCGAACAACAGUACCCCAUCCCCUUCCCGGACAUGGGCCACAUCGGUGGAUAUCCGCCACGAGGGUCCCGAGCGCGCCUGCUGCACCCGGACGACGAGACGAUCCCGGUAACGCUUUCGGACGAACGCGUGCCGUCACCGAUGGGCGUCGACGCAGCGUCCUUCUACGCCGAACCCUGGGCGGAGGCGUCCCUACCCUCGUCACGCAUGUGGGCAGCCCGCGGCGGCGUCGGCUCAGCGGGCGGCGUCGGCGGCUCCACCCCACCCAACGAGUUCGGCACCGUCGGCACCUCGACGUCGUCCUCAGCAGCAGAAGGCUACUCGGACCCGCUCAUCGACGCGCUGUGCUCGUUCAGCAACGUCCGCAAGCGGCUCGAGAUCGAAGCGCACGCCUCCACCGCCUCCCUUACAUCCUCCGCCUCCACCGCGUCGGCGUUCUACGGCCUUCCCUCGUCGUCGUCUUCGACCGAACUCAACUCAGCAGGCCUGGGCACGCGCGACCGCUUCGACGCACUCAAGUCGAUCGGCAAGUUCAAGGGCACCGUCACGGAGCAGGUCCCACCCAAGUCGUCGCGCAAGUUUCAGGCGAUGGAGGGCACGGGUCCUGCAGCGCUGCAUACGGAGCAGGUCGAGACGGGGCUGGGCUUGCCUAUGGCAAAAGUGUACUGUGACUUUUUCGGUGGAAGUCUGAGCUUUAGGAGCUUGGACGGGCAUUCGACGGACAUCUAUGUGCGCCUGCCGAAGCUGGGCACAAACAAGGAGACAAUUGAGGAGAUUGUACUGUAA